AUGAAGUCCCUUGCAACCAUUUUGUGUGAGCGCGGCUUAGCAUCAGGCGGGGACGGUGUACCAACGGACGGCUCGCCCAUUGCUCUGGGCCUUGGGGAUGUUGCGACGGAGAAUCAGGUCGCUCUCAACCCUGGUCCGCGGGUGCCAUCAGAUCAAAUUUCAUGGAUGCCUGCAGAGAUGCGGGAGAGCGUGCUCAUGGAAGCCAUGGGACCGAAGAAUUUUGCAGAGGCCCAGGCGCAGCUGCAACCAGAGAUGACGCAGCUCUUAGACCUUCGUCGCGAUACUACGGAG